AUGGGACCUUCACAAUUGGUAUCUAGCCUUCUAGCACUACUUGGCUUUUGCCAGUGUGCUUUACUUGGUCUUGAUUACGGUCAGGAGUUCAGCAAAGCCAUGUUGGUGUCGCCACAUGCACCUUUAGAGCUGGUGUUGACACCGGACUCGAAGCGCAAAGAUGUGUCUGGACUGGCGCUGAAAAGCUUCAAAGACAGCGUAGAACGAGUUUUCGGGUCGGGAGUGGACUCUGCGCAAGUCAAAACACCCAAUGGGGCUCUUUUGCACGUCAAAUCGCUGCUAGGAAAGAAAAUAGACGAUCACUUCAAUGCAUAUCACAAGGCUCAUCCGGGGGUCAAAUUCGUUGCCACAGAGCGCAAUUCAGUCGCAUUAGAAAGUUUGAGCAAAGCUUAUCCAGUGGAAGAGGUUUUGGGCAUGAAUCUGGACGAAACUAUCGGCAGAGCUAACUCGAUGCUGGUGAACGAAAAAUCGACUAUGGACGAGGUAGACUCGGUGGCUAUUGCAGUACCAGAGUUUUUCACGCAGGACCAGCGCUUGGCUCUGAUUUCUGGGGCUCAGCUUCCUCGCAAAGAAAUCAAAACUGUUCUGGUGAAUGACGGAAUGACGGUUGCCAUCAAUUUCGCGCUGUUUCAGCGCGAUUUUCCGGCUGGCGAAAAGAAGCACUUCAUUUUCUAUGACAUGGGUAGUGGCUCGACUCGUGCCUCUCUUGUCUCUAUAGAACAGCCCGCAAACUUGUCGCAACCAUUGAGUGUGGAAUUCGGCGGGUACGGCUACGACGCGAGUCUAGGAGGAUCGCAGCUAACGCAGAAUGUUGCAGAACUUUUGGAAGUCAAGUUUCUCGAACAAAAUCCAUCCAUCAGAACGCAAGUUUUCGAAAACGAUGCAAGAGCGCGGGUGCGUAUUCGUCAGACUGCUGAAAAGGUUAAGCUAAUUUUGAGUGCCAACGCAGAUGCUUCCGUUAAUAUUGAAUCGCUUCACAAUGAUUUAGACUUCAAGACCACUAUUACAAGACAAGAAUUCGAGCAAUUUUCUGAGGAUUUGAACACAAGAGUAAUUGCCCCGGUUUUGAGAGCUUUGGAUGACCAGUUCUCAAAUUCGUCGAUAAAACUUGCUGAUAUAGAAUCGCUUAUUCUGACGGGUGGUGCGACAAGAACUCCUUUCGUUCAGAAACAGCUAUCUGAAUACUUUGGCGAGGACCUCAUCGCUAAAAAUGUGAAUGCCGACGAGUCGUCAGUUGAAGGUACAACUAUCAGGGGGAUUCAACUAUUCAAAUCGUUCCAGACUAAAGCUCUUGAUGUAAUCGACCGUUCCAUUUCCACUUAUUCUGCAGUUUUCAAUGAAACUGAAGGAGCCCAGAAAAUCUUCGCGAAGGGCUGCCAGUAUCCAAACACCACUUCGUUUUUAAUCAAUCCGGUGAAGAAUAUUACCAAUUUUUCCAUUGAUUUGCAGGAAGACGGCAAAAUAUUCAAGACGCACACAGUGGUUACGGAACCUAUUGUUACAAAGUUCCAACACGAGACUUGUCCUCAUGGAGUCGCCUACAAUGUGACUUUUUCAUUAUCUCAAGAUCGACUUUUCGACAUUGACACUAUUGAAGCCAUUUGCAUUCAGAACUCAAAUAACGCCGCAGGAGUGUUCAAGAAGCUCCUCUCCGGGUUUGACGCCGGUCAUGACGAGGACGAACCACAAGCAAUUGGAUCUAGCAAAAGCAUUGAUAAAGUCAAGAAACUCAAAACUCUUGAAGAGUUUCCUCAUUUGAGACCUAUGAACGCCAGGGAACUUUUGACCCUCAGAAAUCAUAUUGAAGAGCUUAACAGUCGUGACACACAACGUUUGAGGGUUCAAGAAUUGAUCAACAUUCUAGAGAGUGAAUUGUACGACGCCAGGAAUUACCUCGAGGAAGGUGACACUGCUUCAAAUGGUCCUGCCAAGGAAGUUGGUGUGUUGACAACAGUCGUCACAGACUACUUGGAGUGGCUUGACUAUGAAGCAGAUGAUGCCCGCCCUGAGGAACUCUUGAAUAAAAUCGAAUUAGUGAGAAGCUUGAAGGGCAAAAUAACAUUGUACAUCGACUCAGCCGACGAAGCUCUAGACGCUGAUCAAUUCACCCAAAUGUACAAUAACGGCACUCAACUUAUCAAACAGCUGAAGGAGAACAGGUUGAUGGAAAAUGAGACGGUGGAGGCUCUUCGUGAAAGCUUUGAUCUAAUUGAUUUGGAUAUCACGAAGGAAUUCAAAAAACUCAGGGCGCCGCGUCAUUUAUCUUCCCCGUCCCAUAAACUCAAGGACGUUCUUCAGCGCAUGGAGUCCGCACUAGCGGAAGUCAAUGAGAUGCAGAAUCUUGCUUCUCUUGAUGCAGUUUCCAGGGAAAAGCUGUUUGAACUGAAAUUGCAAUUUGACUCUUCCUUCCAUGAUCUUAAAAAAUGGGUUGAGUUCGAGCAGAGCGCCCAGAAUUUUAAACUAAACGAGUUAGGUUCUCUCUACGCUCGUCGUCAAAGGGUCAUCAAGAAGCGCGAAGAACGCAAGUCUCAAUCCACCACUUCCACUGGUGAAGGUUCCAAUGCUACAACUUUCAGUGAGCAGCAAUCUACCACAACAAGUACGACACUUGAACAUGAUGAAUUGUAA